CAAGAUGAGAAGGACGUUGUACCUUCAGAGGCGUUGGCCUGCAGCACUAUCAGUCUUCUGCACAUUUCUCUGACUGUGGCUGUAGUGUCAAACAUACAGCUUCAUCUGCCCAGUUGAAACUGUCUGUUAUUUAGUCCAGUUUUACACCAUCUGAAGCCUUUUGUUGUGUAAAGGACUCCAGCAUGUUUCCUUUCAUAUAUUUGGUCAUCCUGGGGCUCUGCUGCUGCACAAAAGAAAGCAAUGAGGUCCAACUGGAUCGUCCACGACUCAGUGGCCCCUCAGUAGCUGUGUUGUAUGAUGUUGUUGACUUCUAUUGUGAAAUUCCCAAUCUAGAAAAUAAUGAAACAAUCCUUUUGAGCUUAUUCAGGAAGGAUGACCGUACAGAGGUGUUGGGAGAUUACCCCAUUAAACCUGGGCAGGAGAUCGGAGUCUUUCCCAGGGAAAUCAAAGAUGUGUAUGAGGGCUACUUCGAGUGUGUGGCAAGCAUACAAAACAACACUGAGAUAAAUGCUACUGUCAGCCAACCACACUUCUUUAAGGUUGUUGAGCCAGUCAAAGGUGCUGAGAUCGUUAACACGGGCCCAACAGAAUUCUUUGAGGGAAACAAUCUAGAGCUACAAUGUAAAGUUGAAGCCGGAAAUCAUGUGUCCUACCAGUGGUUUCUUAAUGGACGCCUCAUCACCCUGUCUCCUUUCCACUGGAUUGGAGAUAACCGGUUAAUAAUCUCCAGAGCGUCCUCUAAAGACAGCGGCUCCUACAUGUGUCAGGCUAAAAACGUCUUCAACGAAACCACGGUCUUCUCCUCCAACAGCUCGGACGUUCUUAUCACAGUGAAAGUCUUGGUAUCUACCCCUGAUAUCUCAUUCACCGUGGUGAAGAAGGACGAUCACAAUUAUUUAGCCAUCAUCACUUGCCAGUCUGAAAGAGGAGAUCUGCCUAUAACCUUUUCACUGUACAAGAGCAAGGAACUUAUCGUCAAUGCGACAGUUUCAGAAAGACACGUCACCUUCAAGGUUCCAGCGGUCCUGGACCAGCACAGCGGAUGGCUACAGUGUCAGGCAAACAAUGGGCAACAGGUGGAAUACAGUCGGUGGUUUCCUUUUGAAAUUGUCUCAGUUGCUGGCCCAGUGACAGUCCAUUCUGACCAUGACAUGGCAAGAAACUAUGCUGUUGUUCGCUUGAGGCUGUACUGCAAAGCAGCAAGGGGAACUCACCCACAUUUCCAAUGGUACCUCAACCAAACUCCUCUACGUGACAGAGGAAGCUUCUACUAUGUGGUCGAUAAGCCGCCAGAACAAUCCAUACUGCUGCUGUCAGUGGGUAGCAGCAGCUCUGGGAAGUACCGCUGCGAAGUGUGGGACAGCUUCGACAACAGCACGGUUAUAAGUAGCAAAAAGCUCUAUGUGGAUAAAGAAGUGCUAAACCGCCUUUCCACCUCGGUGGUGGCGUCUGUUUUCAGCUGUUUCACGGUCCUGGUUCUCCUGGUGUUGUUUUGUUGUCUGUCAGGAGUCAUGUUCAGUGUGAAGCACCAUCAACAGAAGUUAGAUUCAAGUCUUGAAAUGGACCAAAUACUUGUUGCGUCUGAGGACGAAAUGGACUUUGCAGAAUACUCUGAGGACCCUGAUGUGGCGAGAGCACCUAGAGAGGAUGAAUUUUAUCUGGAAUCUGAAGCUUCUGAGGAUGACCAAAUCGAGCUGGAGAGGAGCACGCUGGAGAAUCUAGCUGAUGAAGAAUCAAACUAGAGACAUUUUUUUUAAUCAUAAAUGUCUUCAAUGUCUUCGAAAUGUUAUAUACUUAUUACAGCAUGUUUAUUUUUCAUUGGUAUGAUACAUCAGAAUAUAUUAAAGAGUUUUUGUUCUCAUGA